AUGCAAAGUGUUCCAGGAGUGGCAGCCGUCACCGCCCAACCCAACCGCGGCCAGAGUGAAAAAUGGAAGGUUUACCUCUGCGAUCGAUUCUGGGGCACCGGUCACCUCAAAGACAAACGCCCAAAGAACUCCCCGCAGGACUUGGAGACCCUGCGAAGUUUUGAGCAUAUCAUCGUCCAUGAGCUUCUGCACUGCGAUGUAGUGACAGGUAGUAAUCCGAGAAUCAUUGAUGAAAAAGCCGUCCUUGCGAGCUGGCCAACAAAAGUGGUGCGUAUCUUACCAGUGGUCAUAGCCAUGCUAUUCAUCCUCCUUGAAAAGGCCACUGAUUCAGAACAGGACGUAUACGGGGCCAGUCGGGGUUCCGAGUACGCGUGGCUGUAUGCAGCUAAGAAGAAGGCCAAUUCCGUGGUCAAGGAGAAUGCGAACGAUUAUGCCUGGUUCUAUACGAACAAUUGGGUCAACGACGAAUGGAAAUGGCAUGAUGAUGAUGGGGGAGAAGACGGUUGA